AUGCGAGAGUUAAAGGCUCGCGGGGGGCGGGGCGCACCCCCUUGUCGCCCCGAGUAUCCCCGCAGUCUCGGCUGGCUUCUGCUGGGCACGUUGCCCAGGCUCGUCUCUAACUGCCAGGAGGUGGGCGCUCGGGUCCCAGAGAGCCUGUGUCCCCGCAGCCCCGGCGGCAGCGAGCCGGUGGCGACGCUGGGGCAGGUGGAGUGUGGGCUCCUGGCUCACCUGCGGCUCUGGCUGCGCGCCGGGGUGCUGCUGGUCAAGUUCCUGCCCCUGCUGCUGCUCUACCCCGUCACCUACCUCGACCCCCGCGUGGCCUCCCUCUGGCUCCGCCUGCUGCUGAAGGCCACGGAGACCUCGGGCCCCACCUAUAUCAAGCUGGGCCAGUGGGCCAGCACCAGGCGCGACAUCUUCUCGGAACCCUUCUGCGCUGUCUUCUCCAGGCUGCACGUCCGCGUGACGCCCCACCCCUGGGCGCACACCCGCCGCCUCCUGCAGCAAGCCUUCGGGGAGACCUGGGACCAGGCCCUCUGCUUCGAGCACCUGGAGCCCGUGGGCUCGGGCUGCGUGGCUCAGGUUUACAAGGCCCACGCCAACACCGCCUUCCUGGGGGAGGACAGCCUCCGGACCCUUGGGGCGGGCGUCUGGGCCCUAGGGGGCUCUCGAGAGCGCUUUGGACCCUCUGGGAAGGGCCAGCAGCCUGAAGGAACCCUUGCUGACCAGUCAUUUCUAGAAAGGCUGCUCCUCCCCCAAGUGGACGUUGUAGAGGUGGACACAUCACGCCCUGGCCACCCACCUAAGCCAAAGCACCUCGUCCCUGUGGCUGUGAAAGUGUUGCACCCCGGCCUGCUUGCCCAGGUGCGCAUGGACCUGCUGCUGAUGAAGAUGGGCAGCCGAGCCCUGGGGCUGUUACCAGGCAUCAAGUGGCUGAGCCUGCCCGAAGUUGUGGAGGAGUUUGAGAAGCUCAUGGUCCAGCAGAUUGACCUGCGCUAUGAGGCUCAGAACCUGGAGCACUUCCAGCGAAACUUCUGGAACAUCAGUGCCGUCAGGUUCCCCACGCCGCUGCGGCCCUUCAUCUCCAGGGAGGUCUUGGUGGAGACCUACGAAGAGAGCGUGCCUGUGUCCCGCUACCAGCAGGCAGCCGUGCCCGCGGAGCUGAAGCGGCAGAUUGCCCGGCUGGGGAUCCGCAUGCUCCUGAAGAUGAUAUUUGUGGACAACUUUGUCCAUGCGGACCUCCACCCCGGGAACAUCCUGGUGCAAGGCGUCCACCGUCUGCCCAGGAGCCAAGAGUCUGGGCCGCCUCAGAGGGACGGCCUGGCCAGGUGGGCUGCAGCUGCCCUCCCUGACCCACAGCCCCUGAGGCUGGUACUGCUGGACGCAGGCAUCGUGGCCGAGCUGCAGGCUGCUGACCUGAGCAACUUCCGGGCGGUCUUCCUGGCUGUGCUGAUGGGGCAGGGCCACAGGGUGGCUGAGCUCAUCCUGCACCACGCCCGGGCCAGCGAGUGUGGGGAUGUGGAGGCCUUCAAGGCCGAGAUGGCUGUGCUAGUGAGCCAGGCCAGGAAGAACACUGUCACCCUGGAGAAGGUUCAAGUUUCCAGUCUUCUCUCCAGCGUCUUCAAGUUACUGAUGACGCACAGGGUGAAACUCGAGAGCAAUUUUGCUUCAAUUGUGUUUGCGACCAUGGUGCUGGAGGGGCUCGGCCGCUCCCUGGACCCCCAGCUGGAUAUACUGGAGGCAGCGAGACCCUUUCUCCUUGGGGGUCCAGCGCCCUUCCCCUGACUGCAGCCUGUCACCGGGGAGCUGCCCCUGAGGCACGUGAGCACUCGGAAACUGGGUGUUUGGAGCUUGCUGGGCAUCUAUCUCCAGUGUCAGGUCGUCCAUGAAGUGGGGGGUGAGAAAGCCCCCCCCCCAGUCAUUGUGAGGCUGGGCCUGGUGGCCAGGACCCCUCCGGGCCAUGAGGAAUGGUCUGCGGACCAGGGGGAGGAAUAAAAGGAGUUGCUUUG